AUGGCUGUAAAACUGAAGGAGGCUAGAGCAAUGCGAGCCCUUGCGUAUAAUCAAAUGGUAGAGACCCACGACGUAGCCUCUUCCGCGUUAGUGCAAACUACGCUCAAGGGUUUAUUUUCAUUCCGGUACCAACGCGUUGAGGAAGUUGUACAGGAUUUUCGAAAAUAUUACGCGGCGGUUAUUUCUUGCCUAUCUAGCUUAACCGAACCGGAUUUUGAAAGCGAAGAUGCGGUGAGGAAAGAAUUUGAUCGAUUGUAUUGUGAAACCGGAGUCGCAUAUGGCGAACUUUUUCCCGCGCCCUCGGCAUUGAAUACUCCCACUCCUAGUGAUCAUAGUCAAACGAGACAAAAUAAUAUUCGUUUACCAAAAAUCUCGUUGCGAAACUUCGACGGCGAUUUUGUGAAAUGGUACCCGUUCAUUCAAACGUUUAAUACGGCAAUUCACAAUAACGAAUCCUUACCCCCCGUUGACAAAUUUCAGUAUUUGCUUAGUUGCCUGUCCGGUGAAGCAUUAAAUCUGAUAAAGUCGUUAACAUUAUCAGAGGAUAAUUAUCCGAUAGCAUAUAAAAUUCUAACCGAUCGGUAUGACGACAAACGCAAACUGGCAGCUCAAUUUUUUCACGGGAUUAUGUCCAUCCCAAAGCUAACAAGGGAGUCUGCAAAAGCACUUCGCUCAGUACUCGACAGUUUCAAAGAGCAUCGCGGGGCUUUGGAAGCUUUAAAAAUUGCUGACAAUUUAGAAGAUUUUUUGUGGUUUAGCAUUCUGUUAGAUAAGGUAGAUGUGAAUACUAGGAAGGCUUUUGAGGCCGAAUGUCGGAUUCAGAAGAUUGAUUUUCCAACUCGCGAGGAUCUAGAAAACUUUAUUGAAUCGCAUUGUAAAGUACUAGAUUGUUGUCCGGAUCCCACAGGAGUUGCUCGCCUGAAAUCGUUUAAUUUAAGUGGCCCUAAAAGUCACAACAAGGCGUCAUUUGUUGUUACGUCGAACUCAGUAAAAAAAUGUCCGCUUUGCACCGAAACUCACAACGUCGUAAAGUGUCCAACAUUUGUACAAGCGUCGCCCUUUGAUCGAUAUUCAUUGAUAAAACCUACUAGGACUUGUUUUAAUUGCCUUAAAGAAGAACACGCGGUGAGUAAAUGCCCAUCAAAGGGGUGCUGCCGUGAUUGUGGUGGACGACACCAUACGUUAUUGCAUUUUAAAUCACGUAAAACCUCGCAGGCGCCAUCGGAACCUGAUACCACGGAGGCAGAUACAAACAGAACUCCGUCAGAGUCUCUCACUUCUUGCAUUGUUCAUUCACUUGUCAGUCCCUUGAGUUACAAAAAAAAUAUCUUGUUGGCGACCAUAGUGUUGGAAAUUCGCGAUAGAUGGGGAAAUUUCCAAACUAUGCGCGCUUUGUUGGAUCCCGGUAGCCAGGCGUCUUUUAUUGAGAGUGCCAGUCUCAAUAAAUUGGGUCUACUCAAAACCAGAUCGACAGUAUCGAUUUCUGGAGUAGGCCAAAUUAUAACCAAUGCAUCAUACAUCACAUCUACGCAGAUACGGCCGCGUAAAUCUCGGCGGCCGACUCUAGAUUUAGAAUUCCAUGUACUUCCACGUAUUUGCGGCAAGCUCCCGGCAUUACCAAUAGACCCAUCACAAUCUCAGUUCUCUCGGGAGCUGGAUCUCGCGGAUCCCAGCUGGUACAAACCGGGUUCCAUUGAUGUGUUGUUGGGGGCAGACGUAUAUUCGGCGAUUGUCUGCAACCACAUGGUGGACCACACCGCAACACCCGCCAUGGUUAAAACUAUAUUUGGGUGGGCUUUGCUGGGUCCGAUUCAAUCCAUGUCGUUACCAUCUAUGCAGGCAUUACAUGUAUCGCUCCAGCCCUCAUUGAACGACGAAGUACAAAAUUUUUGGUCCGUCGAAGAAGUCCCAUUCAGGACAAUUGUUGCACCAUCUGACUCACAAGCUGAGGCAAUCUUUAGACAGAGUAUUUUUCGAGACCCGGGUGGUAGAUUUGGCGUCGCGCUCCCAUUUAAAACCGACGUAGUACCUAGUUUUGUAGACUCUAAAGCUAUAGCAGAUAGACGACUUCUUGCUCUUGAACGUCGUUUAAGUAAACAACCCGACAUUCGAGCACUGUAUUUGGACUUCAUGCGUGAUUAUUUGACGUCCAAUCACAUGUCUUUACUCACGGACGAAUUCCCUGAGGGUGAUUCGUUUUAUAUCCCUCAUCAUGGGAUAAUCAAACCCGAAGGGAAUCUGAAUAAGAUUCGCGUAGUGUUCGAGGCCAGUUGCAAGGCGUCUAAUAAUAUUUCCUUAAACGACACAAUUCUCAUUGGCCCCAAACUGCAGGCAGACAUUGCCCAAUUAUUGUUAGUUUUUCGGAUGAAACCGGUUGCCUUUACCUGCGAAAUUCGUCAGAUGUACAGACAAAUCUUGAUUGCUCCCGAACAUCGACGUUUUCAAUUAAUCCGUUUUCGAUUCGACGCGUCGGACCCAAUCCAAUCGUACCAGUUAAAUACCGUUACGUAUGGAGUUGCUUCUGCCCCUUUUUUGGCUAUCCGGACCCUGCUGCACUUAGCAGACCUGGGCCACUUACAGUUCCCUUUGGCUUCCAAGGCAUUGAGAGAAAAUCUUUACGUCGACGAUCUUGUCUGUUGUUCUGAGUCACUAGAAGAGGCAACGGAAUUAAAGUCACAGUUAAUUCAGUUAUUGUCUUCGGCGUGUUUCGAGCUGAGAAAGUGGGCUAGCAAUUGUGUGGAAUUGUUGGAGGAUAUUCCCGAGGGCCACAAGCAACUACAACCGUCCAAUUUUGAUAAGGACUUGCGAGUCGCCUUAAAGGUACUAGGGUUACAAUGGGAUGCUGCAUGUGAUAACUUUUCAUUCUCCGUAAAACCGAAUGAUUUACCUUGCACAAAAAGGAACAUUCUGUCGGAAAUUGCUCGGAUCUAUGAUCCUCUCGGAUUCUUAUGUCCUGUCUCGUUUUUGGCAAAAUAUAUUAUACAGUUGCUCUGGAAGGCCGGUGUUGACUGGGAUCAAGAGGUUCCGAUACCGAUUAGUCAAUUGUGGAAUAAUCUAAAAGAGCAACUUCCCACUCUAUCAUCUGUAAAGAUACCACGCCACGUACCACUCGUUGUCACAUCGGACUGUCAGUUACAUGGGUUUUGUGACGCAUCGGAAAGAGGAUACGGUUGUGUAAUUUACCUGAGAACAAUUACACAGGGCAUACCAACAAUUCGGUUGUUGAUUGCGAAAUCCAAAGUCGCGCCUUUGAAAUGUGUCUCCAUUCCUAGGCUGGAGUUGUGUGGAGCAGUACUGCUGGCCAAAUUGAUUGAUUUUGUUAAAAAGGCACUGGAAAGCACAGUAAAUUUCAGUCGCAUAUUUGCCUGGACGGAUUCGUCUAUCGUGUUGUCGUGGAUCCGUUCUUCACCUAGUCGUUGGAAGGUGUUUGUAGCCAAUAGAGUUUCUUACAUUCACGAUCGAGUACUACCUAGUUGGUGGAGGCACGUACCGACUUCCGAUAACCCCGCUGACGUAACAUCACGCGGGCUCUUGCCGGAGGAUUUUGUCUCAAGCUCCUUAUGGUGGGCGGGCCCGUCAUUCUUGAAACUUCGCGAACAGUACUGGCCUCAAGAAUCACCUGUUGGGUCAGUCGACACAGACUUAGAAAUUCGCAAGAUCGAGCUAUUUGUUGCUCAAACCAAAGAGCCUACUAUUGGUGAAACGUUGGUCUGUCGGUUUUCCUCGCUUAGGAAAAUACAAAGAAUUGUUGCUUACUGUCGGAGAGCGGUGCGAAAGGAGAAAGGUUCUUCAUUGUCGCUGACGGCGGCAGAACUCUUUGAGUCACUUUUGUACCUCAUAAGCGAGGUUCAAAAAACUGUCUUUGCCCAAGAAUUGUCAAGGCUUCAAAGAAGAGAGCCCUGUUCUAAAAGAUUGUUAAAUUUGUCACCUUUUGUGGACGAGAAGGGAAUUUUACGCCCAAAAAUGGGCGAUCUACCCGCCAUGCGAGUAUCCGAGGCAAAACCCUUUAGUUGCGUUGGUGUAGAUUACGGUGGACCCUUUUCAGUCUCAGUUGCUAGGAUUAGAGGGGCAUCUGUGAUAAAGGCGUAUUUGUGCUUAUUCAUCUGCUUCGCCACCAAGGCGGUACACUUGGAAGUGGCAUCUAGUUUGUCCACGGAUGCAUUUAUCGCGGCACUUCGUCGUUUUGUUAGUCGCCGUGGUCGAUGUACACACAUAUUUAGUGAUUGUGGGACCAAUUUUUCCGGGGCAAAUCGCGAGUUUGUAAAGACGAUGAGAACAGCGGCCGAAUCACAGUUGAUUCAAUGGACUUUUAAUCCCCCCGCGGCACCUCACUUUGGAGGCAUUUGGGAGAGUGGGAUUAAGUCGGUUAAGACCCAUCUAUCUAGAGUAGUUGGCACCCAGAUCAUGUCUCUAGAAGAGUUCAACACAUUGAUAAUCCAAAUUGAGGCAAUGCUCAACUCGCGUCCUCUCUGUAAUAACGAUUUGGCUCCCUUAACCCCGGGUCAUUUUCUUACCAUGGAGCCACUCACAUCGCCUCCAAACCCCGACCUAUCUCAUUUGAAAAUUUCAAGGUUGUCUCGAUGGCAACUAGUGCAGCAUAUGCAACAAGUAUUUUGGCGUAGGUGGAAAAACGAGUACCUUCAUAGCUUGUAUCAGCGCGGCAAAUGGGCAGUCUCUAAGCAUGUAGACAAUGUCGAAGUAGGUACGGUAGUCCUCAUCAAGGACGAUAAUACGCCUCCCUUGCAAUGGAGGAUGGGUCGCAUCGUGGAGUUAUUCCCUGGAACUGACCAUAUCGUUCGCGUUGCCACGGUUAAAACCAGUCACGGGACGAUGAAACGGCCCCUUGUCAAAUUAUGUCCGUUGCCCAACCAAUAA